AUGGCUGUUGUUCCCAGAGUUCCUGCUACACUUACCACUGUUGAGAUCCUAGCAAUCAGGAUCCCUAAGGAAAGGAAAGAUUGGGAUGAUGAAGACAAAAAAAUAAUCGAAAUCGAUCACAAAUCCAAAAGGCUACUGAUCAUGGCAAUUCCCAAUGAAAUCUUCCAAUCCUUGGAUGGAUGUGAAUCUGCCAAGGAUUUGUGGGAUCAACUUGCCGAUCAGCUGGAAGGUGGAAUUAAGAUGAGGAAGAAUAGACGAGCCCAAUGUCUAAAUGAAUACAAAAACUUUCAAGCUCAUUCUGAUGAGUCCCUGGAACAAACUUAUCAUAGGUUCAACACACUCAUUAACAAAUGCAAAAAGUGUGAUGUGAUUAGAACCCAGGAAGAGAACAACAUGUUGUUCUUGAAAAGGUUGAAUGAAGAAUGGGAAAAUCGGUCUAUGUAUUUGCAAGCAAACUAG